ACUCGAUCACCGAAGAGCUGCCAGGAUGGGCGGUGCAGUGACAGCCAGCAGCCGCCUAGGUAGGGGCUGAAGGCAAGAGAGGGAAAGCCUGAGCUGUGACCUCCGCGGAGCUGGGAAUAGGCCCGUUGCGCAGAUGAAGGGAGAAGCCAGAAGUAUGCGACAGGAGAAGCCCAAACAGGAGGAACGCAUCUGGGGCUCCAUGAAGAAGGCGGCUUUCAUCCUGGGCUCUGGCCUUCUCUUGCUUGUGGCCUUCUCGAACUCGGUCUCAGGGCAACUUCAGAGAUUUUGGGAUGCUGCUGGUUGUUUUCAGCAAGCCCAAUGGGAGAGGCUCCUGUCUACAUUCGAAGGGAAGGAGUGGAUCCUCUACAUUAUAGCUACCAUCCUAGUACCUGCUCUGCUUUUCUGGAGCUUCAACGGGCUUCUGCUGGUGGCUGACACAGCCAGAAAACCGAACUUCAUCUCCCGCUACCGAAUUCAAGUUGGCCAGAAUGAACCAGUGGACGCCAUGAAACUACGCCAGUCUAUGCGCACAGUUCUCUUCAACCAGUGCAUGAUAUCUGUCCCCAUGGUGGUCUUCCUCUAUCCCAUCAUCAAGGUGCGGGGAGACCCCUGCCGCCGAGAGCUACCCACCUUCCACUGGUUCCUUCUGGAGCUGGCUAUCUUCACUCUGAUUAACGAAGUCCUGUUCUACUACUCACACCGGCUCCUUCACCACCCAACAUUGUACAAGAAAAUCCAUAAGAAACACCAUGAGUGGACAGCUCCCAUUGGCGUGAUCUCUUUGUACGCCCACCCUAUCGAGCAUGUGGCCUCCAACAUGCUGCCGGUGGUACUGGGUCCCAUCCUAAUGGGCUCCCACUUGUCCUCCAUUGCCGUGUGGUUUUCCUUGGCCCUCAUCUGCACCACUGUUUCCCACUGUGGCUACCACCUACCUUUCCUGCCUUCACCUGAAUUCCAUGACUACCACCAUCUCAGGUUCAACCAGUGCUACGGGGUGCUGGGGGUGCUGGACCACCUCCAUGGGACUGACACCAUGUUUAAGCAGACCAAGGCCUACGAGAGACACAGACUCCUGCUGGGCUUCACUCCACUGUCUGAGAGCAUCCCGGAUCCCCUGAAGAAGAUGGAUUGAGAGAGGGCCCAAGUGCCACCUUGGCUGUCCCCCUCAGUGGACUGCUAAGGUGGCCUGAGGAGUGCUGAUUGUAUCUAACUCGCUCCUUCAGCCAUGCAGUUUCUUUCUGUCUUAUUUUACAGGUUUAUUUAUUUUUGAGAGAGAGAGAGAGAGCCAUGAGCAGGGGAGGGGCACAGAGGGGGACAGAGGAUCCGAAGUGGGCUCUGUGCUGACAGCAGUGAGCCCCACGUGGGGCUUGAACUCAUGAAAGGUGAGAUCAUGACUUGAGCUGAAGUUGGAUGCUCAACUGACUGAGCCGCCCAGGUGCCCCAGCCAUGCAUUUUCUAAUGACAGCACCACUGUGGCAAGGGGAAGCACAGCUUCCCAGAAAGGUAGGGCCAAGAAUGGGGCCAGGGCUCCCCCAACAGCCUCUGUUGUCCCUCAACAGGACCAGGAGUUGGCUUAAGGGGGAGAAACAAGAACAGUUCCCCAGAAUGGAGGCCAGUGAGAAGGAAGAAACCACCUUACUAGGGCUCAGGGCAAGUCCCCCGUGGUCCUUUGCUGUGGAAAGAGAGAGGUGAGACCCCGGGUGACUUUUUUAUGGCCUAGGCAAGACACAAAGAAUGCAAAGGUGGCAGUAAGACUGGAAGCCACUCCCAACUCCAGAGAGAGCUCCUUCUGGUGCCAGGGUGUGAGAGAACCAGAAGGUAUUGCUUUGCCCCUUCCUGCACCAAAAAGCUUUUCUUAUACCCUACUCUGGCCAGGGCCAGGACACCCCCAUUGCCAAUACACACACACACA